AUGUAUUAUGUAUUGUUUGGUGUAAGACGGGCAUGGGCAUGUCUUCCGUGCUCGUUUUUUCUUCUCUUGAUACCAGUGCUUCAGUCAUCUCGCAUCUCCCAACCUAUCUUCCUGUAGAAACAAAGAUACUCAUCCAAAAUCACCUUCUCUUUCUUUCUCCACAAUCCCUCUUAAUCCACUCUGCCACAACUGUAUCUCCUCCUUAGUACCCUGACCAGGCCGUGGUUUACGAAACGUACGCGUCGCCCCUAAUCCGCAACUCAGCACCAAAAUUCUCCUUUCUCUCUCUCUUUUUCUCUUCCUUUCUUAUUUU